CCCUUCCGAGAGACAUUAUAGAGUUUUUUCAUUUCGUCAACCGCCGGGUUUCUGAACUUUGAUUAAAAACCUCCCAGCGGCGCGUUUCCAGGGAGAUUAGGCCUUGAGCACCUCGUAGCACUUAUAAGAGAGCUCUUCUUCCCUGUAGCCAACAUCAUACCUGCUGUGGCCAUAUAUCUCGCCCCGUCUGCGUCAAUGACCUGAUUUUCUAUUUCUCUGCAAUUUAUUUGCCAACGUUCUCAACCCUCACACUCUUUUGAUAAACACGCUCGUUUGACAGUCAGCAUUAGACAUAAUACACCACCUUCGCCAUGGCUUCACGCAAACCCGACUUCCACCUCUUGAUGCCCGCCGCCAGCCAGCCGGAUCUUCAAUUCCAGUCACGCAGCCCCAUCCGCAGCCCUCGUUUCCACGAGGACUUUGAUGCUCCCUUUUCCGAAUCUUUCCUGGACCCCCCGCCUCCUAAGACGUCCUACUUUGCGGAGAGCAAAGACAAAGUUCCACCGCCGCCUCAGCGAAGCUAUGACGACAGCUGGGUGCAAUUGCCUAAGCGCCGGGCGAGCGUCAACGACAAGGUGCUGCAAUGGGCCAAGCGCUCAUUGACGAUUAAACGACAGCGGCCUUCACGUCCUGGCGAAGGCUUUUCUGAUUUACAACCACCCCCAAGUAGGGGCUCCAGGAGGAUGAGCACCUUGCCAAUGGAGACGGCUUACGGCAAACGCAACAAUCACACUCAGCCUUCAACAAUCAUCACUGUGGCUGAAAUUCCAAAGCCGACUUAAAAUGGGACCGAAAAUGGAAAAAAGCACAGUGACAAGGAACAAAGCACAGAGAACAAAAUCGGGAAAAAAAAGAAGAAGAAAAAAAAAACUACAACAAAUUGAUAUGACACAAGAGAAAAAAGAGCAACCUGCGGCUUCUGUCGUCACUAACAUUACCGUUGAUAGGAAUGCGAGGCAAGGCAGUGGCACUGUAUAAGGGGGCUGGAUCAAAUUGCAAUUUGUAUGAUAAUGAUUUAUGAACUCAGAAAAAGGUGUCAAAAUACACCGCCACCAAUGAUGAACAACCGGUUCUCUUCUCUCUUAAUCCAUUGCAUAAUCUUAUUGGC